CCUUCCCGAGUCCUGUCAGAUAGAGGAAAUGUUACACUAAUACACAAUCAACAGCUGAGGGCUGAUAUAUCACUCUUUUUGAGGGAAGAACAUGUCAUGGUAAUCAUGACAUCCCUAUUUCGUGCCAAAAUUACCCCUCGUGCUUCCAAGGCUCCUCUUCAGGUCAAAAAUGGUUCCACCCUGUCCAAGUCCUCGGCAGUCCUCAAUGGCCAAGACUUCGAGCUCUUGGAUCAGAUUGAGAUCCAACGGGGCGAGAAUCGAAUUCUGUAUCAGAAACUCCAGAGCAAGAGUGAAGCUUUGGUCAUACUCACCAAAGAACUGGACAAGACUCGGGCCGAAUGUGAAGAAUAUCGCAUCCUGACCCAAACACUCCACGGUCGAGAUGCGGCAAGACAAAUCGGCGGACCACGGGCUUUAGCUCUCCGAACUAAUUCUAACGGUCUGUUUCGCGAUCUGACACUUACUAACCAGUUGGGCGAAUUGCGCGGGGAGAACAAACGUUUAUUGGCCGAGCGUGACCAACUUCGGAUUUUGGUCAAGGAAAAGGAAGCGGAUGUUAAGUUAUUGCGGGAUGAGUUGGGUCAAGCUCGCAACGAUGUGAACCAUCGUCAAAAUCAAAUCUCAGUGGAAGCCUCACGUCGAUGUCAAGAUCUUGGGAUACUUGUUCGGAAAUUGGAGUUACUGCAACUCAAGUACAGCAGGUUAAAGCAAGAUCUACAGUCUCUCUUGGACGAGAAAGAAGAUUUGGUACAAGAGCGGGAUGCGUACAAAUGCAAAGUUCAUCGCCUCAAUCACGCCAUGAGUGCCCUUCUAAAAUCCGAUGGUUACAAGACGAUUGACCUCGAUUGGCUCCUCUCCGAGAACCAAUUCCUCAGGGAGAGCUUGGAACACGUGCAAGAAGAAAAGCAACUCGCCAACGACAUGGGAAGAAAAUAUAAAUGUGCACUGGAAAACUCGAGGCAUCGACCGAAGCCCCCAGGAGUCAAAACUGGUCAAGAAGAGGAGGCUCAAAUGUUGAACGACCAAAUUGUGGCUCUCCUCGGGAAGACCUCAUUUCCAUGCCCAGUGGAACUGAACUUGAGCUCCACAGAUUCACUUCAAGAACUUUCUUUGUCACUUUUGGAAACUUUGAACGAUCGGAUGCUUCAGUUGAAGCAUCAACGACGAGCUAACAAACAUAUCAUGGCCAGACUUGAGGAGUUCGAACAUAAAAUGAAGAACGAUGAGCAUGGCCACCUUAUUAUGAAUCCAAGUCAGUAUUUAAUGGCAGGCUACUCAGCCGCUAACGUGGACGAAGAACCAUUGCAUGACGGAGUAGAUUCGGCUUUAGAAGACCUCGAUGCUCGAAUUGUGGCAUGUGAUCUGUCCCGGCAAUCCUCAAUUGAAUCUUCCGUCAACCAAUCACCUGAUGUUUCGGAUCUUUACAAGCGGUUCCAAGCAAUCAACGUGGAACGUGAAGACAGCAUAUAUAAUCCACCCGAUAUCAUUGCUGAAGGUAUCCCUCGGGUCAAUCCUCCACAAAUCCAGGCCCCUUCUCCAAUUCCAAUUGAUCCUGAGACUGCGGAAGCUAAUGAGAUAUUGAUGGAGGACCCAAUUGUUUUGCCGGACCAUCUGCAAAGCUUAGUCGAUCAAGCUAUGCGUGAUUUAGAGGAUCACGAUGAAUAAGGAAGUGCCAAGUCUGAUGUGAAAUUGAACCUUUGUUACGUCUGGUUUCAUACAUGGAUGGAACUUGAAUGUAAAAUUGAUGUUUUGUGUUUCAAUACAAUCUAAAUCGGAGA